CCUGGUUAGUAAUUCUGGUUUAUAAGCUUUCCGUUAUAGCACCUCAUGAAAAAUAAAAGGUGAAUAAAAUUACUUUUGGUCGUUUUGUGAUGUAUAGGCAUUGCGUGAUCAUAGUAAUAAAAUAUAUUAUUUAAGAUAUACUUUAAUUGUAAUUAAACUAGAUUUUGUUAUUCAGUCACUUGUUUUGAAUAUAUCAAUCAUUUAAUAUAUACUUGUAUAUAGGUAUUAAUAUGUAAAUAAUAUUCGUGUUUUCUGUGUAGUUGACCUUGCGAUGUGGUGACUGAGUAGGAAUUGUUAUUACAAACAUCUAAAAUAAAACUUCUUAUCAAAUUAUAUAGCUGCAAACAAUUGUCAGACUGAUGAUAACAUUUCCCUGUUAUUAAGUGAUUGCGCCCUUAUAUUAAACUUAUUUUAAUAUGUAUGCAAUAAAAACAUGUUUAAUUUUGAGGCCUGCCGCAAAAUUAACUGGUCUUUCCAAGAUAUAUUCAGUUUCUAAGGUUAUAUCGUGUGCAGCAUACAGUACUUCUAUAAAAAACAAACUUUUUGCUGAUGUCAAUGAAGCAGUGAAAGACAUUAAAGAUGGAUCAAAACUAUUAGUAGGAGGGUUUGGGUUAUGUGGUAUUCCAGAAAAUCUUAUCAAAGCUGUCAACAACAAGAAAGUAACUGGACUCACAGUCGUUUCGAAUAAUGCUGGAGUUGAGGAUUUCGGCCUUGGUACCUUACUCAAGAGUAAACAGGUUAAGCGCAUGAUAUCAUCAUAUGUAGGAGAAAAUGCUGAAUUUGAAAGGCAAUUUUUAAGUGGAGAGCUGGAGGUUGAACUUACACCUCAAGGGACAUUAGCUGAAAGAAUAAGGGCAGGUGGUGCUGGUAUACCUGCUUUCUUUACACCAACAGGCUAUGGAACCUUAAUACAUGAAGGAGGUUCACCAAUAAAAUACAACAAAGAUGGAAAGAUUGAAAUACCAAGUUCUCCAAGACACGCACAAAUAUUCAAUGGAAUUAAUUAUAUUAUGGAAGAAGCCAUUACUGGUGACUUUGCAUUAAUCAAAGCAUGGAAAGCUGAUAGAUUUGGCAAUUUAUUGUUCAGAAAAACAGCACGCAAUUUUAAUCCAACUAUGUGCAAAGCGGCAAAAGUUACAAUAGUUGAAGUGGAAGAAAUUGUUGAUGAAAUUGACCCAGACUCGGUUCACAUACCAUCAAUAUAUGUCCAUAGAAUUGUGUUAGGUGAUAAAUUUGAGAAGCGAAUUGAGCGAAGAACCAUUGCUAAGCCUAAAGAAAACAAGGAAAAGAAAGCUUCAGACUUGGUUAGGGAAAGGAUAAUCAAGAGGGCAGCUUUGGAGUUUAAAGAUGGAAUGCAUGCUAAUCUUGGGAUUGGGAUGCCUAUGUUAGCAAGUAGUUUUAUCCCCAAUAAUAUAAAUGUGCUAUUGCAAUCUGAAAAUGGUAUCCUUGGUCUUGGGCCAUAUCCAACAGAAAAUGAAAUAGAUGCUGACCUUAUAAAUGCUGGGAAGGAGACAGUUACAAUACUUCCAGGCGCAUCAUACUUUUCUUCUGACGAUAGUUUUGCUAUGAUCCGCGGAGGACACAUUGAUCUGACUAUGCUUGGUGCUAUGCAAGUUUCACAAUAUGGGGAUCUUGCUAACUGGAUGAUACCAGGUAAAAUGGUUAAGGGAAUGGGUGGUGCCAUGGAUUUAGUUUCAUCUCCUGGAACUAAGGUUGUUGUCACUAUGGAGCAUUCUGCUAAAAAUGGUGGCCAUAAAAUUGUACCCGAGUGCUCAUUGCCAAUCACUGGUAAACAUUGUGUUGAUUUGAUCAUCACAGAGAAGUGUGUUAUGGAGGUAGACAAAGAAAAAGGAUUAAUAUUAACGGAGUUGGCUGAUGGUGUUACAGUGGAACAUGUUAUUGCUAGUACAGGAUGUGAAUUUCAUGUCUCGCCUCAUCUAAAAAAAAUGGGAGACAUAACAGAGGACCAUUCUGAAUAAUGCAUUGAAGUUUGACUUAAGAUUUAAUCUCAAUAUAAGAUUUAUUGUAUUGUGAAAAAUGUUUGAUAUGUUUUAUAUAAUAUUUUUUUUGUACUGUGUAUACUGUUAUAAA